AAAAGAAGAAGAAGAAGCAAAGGGCGGCCUUCAAUGAUAGCCCAAGCCAAGUUGUUGUAGCUGAAACGAAAAUCCCCUCUCUACCUUAAUAUUACUGGCUUAAGGGUUGUCUGGAACAGAGAUCCAUUCAUGUGCUGUCUGAAGAGAGGAUACUAGAAGACGCUAACAUGUCCGGAGUGUGUCGGGACAGAAGGAGUCGCUGGCAGGAGAUUCAGAAAGGCCUACAGUUUAUUCAAUCCACCCUUCCAUUUCCUGGAAGUCAAGAGCAGUACGAGGUGUUCAUAAAGGACCUUGUGUGGAAUCUGUUUGGAGAGGGAAAUGACGUGUUUAAAGAAGGGGAAUGGACUAAAUCUAUCGAGAUGUACACCGAAGCGCUGAGUAUAGCGGAUUAUGCCGACACGGAAGAAAUCUGUAUUCCAACUGGUUUGCUGGAAAAACUGUAUGCAAAUCGAGCUGCUGCGUAUCUUAAUAUUGUUCCGGGACUGUAUGACCAAGCACUAGAAGACUGUGAAAAGGCUCUCCAGUUAAAUGAGGGGAACUACAAAGCCCUGUACAGAAAAGCAAAAGCCUUGAAAGAGAUGGGAAGACAUCAAGAGGCCUAUGAGGCUGUUGCCAAAUGCUCUCUUGCAGUGCCUCAGGAUUCCAAUGUCACACAGCUGACUCAGGACCUUGCCAAAUGUUUGGGGUUGAAAAUCCGUAAAGCUUAUGUCAGAAGUAAGCCUGCCUUGAAUGUUUUGCGAGGAUCUAGUUAUCAAGAUUCCCCUUGUGACAAAUUUUCUCAUGGCUCAGCUUCAGUUGAAGAUAUAGAAAUUGAAGUGCCUCAGUUGACCCAGGAUAGCAGUGUUUUGGCUCCAUGUCCACCUCCAAUCCAACCUCCAGUGGCAGCGCACCCACCUCUUAAUGACUCUGUGGCAGAUGAACUUCCUCACAGCAACAGCAUCUUAUCUGUAACCACGUCUGAACCUCCGGGCUUCGAGUCUGUCCCCCUGUCUGUGUCUGCAUCCACAUCAGUUCCUCUUCCAGUGCUCACGUUUGUAAAUGGGUGUCGAACCAGCAAGCCUUGCCCGAUUCUUGAACCUAGUCAAGAUUUUGAUGCGGACAUCAUCGGGGAUGAUUUAGACGAUUUACUGGACCAAGCUGGCCCUGAAUCAGCCUUGGAUAUUCCCACUGUGAAAGGGCCUCUUCCUUUGCCAACCAGUAUUGCCUCGGGUAGUUCCAUGUCCAGUCCAUUCCUGAUGCCAUCUCACAUAAACCCAUUUCUACAUGGUGGUUCCCAGCAAUGUACUGUAAAUCUGCCGCCUCUGUAUCACAAAUCGGGGUCAAGUACUUAUUUUGGUAUGGACACUUUUGACUCUUUGCCCCCACCAUUGGACUCUCUGGAUAGUCUCAGCAUAUCAGACUAUAAUACCGAUUAUGUUCCAAGUCCCUUCAUUCCACAGAUCAACAAUAAUGACGCUCCGAUGGGGAUGGCGGUGGGUAUGCCUGAUGUGAAGGGCUCCCCUGCUGCUGUGGAUCUAGCAAAGAACCCCUUAGCUGAAACACAUGAAUUCAAACAAGCCUGCUCAGUGUGCUAUGUCAAAACCGGACCUGGAGUGUUGGAUUACACACUUCACACCGAAGAGCAUAAAUGCAAAAAGGAUGUAUUACUUGGAAGAAUCAAGCAUUUACCAGACAAAACGUGGAAGCUCAUUCGACCCAGACCAACAAAAACCCAAUAUGUUGGACCUUAUUACAUUUGCAAAGAGGUGGCUGUUGGAAAAGAGUGCCUGUACCCUGGCCACUGCACAUUUGCAUACUGCCAGGAGGAGAUUGAUGUUUGGACUCUAGAGCGGAAAGGGUUUAUCUCCAGGGAAUUGCUCUUCGAUCCUUUUGGGCCAAACUCUAACGUCAGGCUAACUGUCCCAAAGAUCUUGCAGGAGCAUCGUGGAAUAUUCAUGUUUCUCUGUGGGGUGUGCUUUGACCACAAGCCCAGAAUAAUCAGCAAAACCAACAAAGAUGACCCUUCCCUCUGCUCUCAUCCGGUGACAAAACACGACUUUGAGGAACAUAAGUGCCUGGUCCACAUUUUGAAGGAGAACACAGUCCGCUAUUCAAAAAUCAGACCUUUAAAUCCCCACAGCCAGCUGGAUCUUUGUCGCCAUGAAGUUCGUUAUGGCUGUGUGAGAGAGGAUGAGUGCUUCUAUGCUCACAGCCUCAUUGAGCUGAAAGUCUGGAUGAUGCAGCACGAGCUUGGUAUCACUCACGAAAGUAUUGUUCAGGAGGCAAAAAAGUAUUGGAAUGCAGCCGCUUCAUUGCAGGGGGUGCAGCUUUCCAUUACCCAGAGGAGGUUUGGCCCACCAAAUCUGAAGAUGAUGUUUGUUUGUGGCCAGUGUUGGAGAAACGGCCAACUAAGUGAAGCUGACAAAAACAAGAGGUAUUGCUCAGCCAAGGCAAGACACACGUGGGCAAAAGACAGGCGGGUGGUGCUUGUAAGCUCCAUUGAAAGGAAAAAGUGGACAACAGUAAGGCCACUUCCAACCAAAAAACCCAUCCCAUCUCAGUUUGAGAUUUGCAUGCAUGUGACAGCUGGCAAGAAGUGUCAGUACAUUGGAAAUUGCACAUUUGCUCACAGUGUUGAAGAAAGAGAUCUUUGGACCUACAUGAAGGAAAACAACAUUCCAGAUAUGGAUCAGCUUUAUGAACAGUGGCUGCAGUCUCAAAAGCCUGGAUGGGGUGAAGAGACAUCCAACAACUCUGUCAGAGAGAAUGGCAAACAGAUUCACAUGCCAACAGACUAUGCUGAGGAAGUGGCUGGCAAUCAUUGUUGGCUGUGUGGUAAAAACUGCAACAGUGAGAAGCAGUGGCAGCAGCAUAUCACUUCAGACAAACACAAAGACAGAGUUUUCAACUCCGAGGACGAUCAGAACUGCUGGCAAUACAGAUUUCCAACCGGCACUUUCAAAGUUUGUGAGAGGUUCCUCAAAGGCACAUGCACAGAAGAUGACUCGUGUAAGUUGGCACAUGGAGAGCAGGAGCUCAAGGAGUGGAUGGAGCGCAGGGAAUUCCUUUUGAUGAAACUUGCCAAAGCCAGAAAAGAUCAUCUUAUAGCACCGAACGACAAUGACUUUGGAAAAUACAGUUUUCUGCUUAAAGACAUUAAAUAAUGAUGUGCUGACAAUAUUCAUGCUCUGUUGCGAAAAGUGCAGUAUUCAGUCUUGAGUCAAGUCAUUCUUGAAAGCCUCUGCUGAACACAGGAAGUGGCCUGAUCACAGCAUGAUUUUAAAGGAGGGCAUUCAGGACCGUCCCUCUGAUUGGUGGCUGGUUUUCUCUGAUCAGAUCUGAGUGUUAUCAUUAAUAGCAAAUAUUCAGUGUGCAACACUUGAAACUUUGCUACGCAUCGUUCAGUAGAACACCUGAAAUGGUGACAAAAAUAGCAUGUGUAAACCUUGAUCAGAGACAUUUUCUGAUACUUAGAGUUGACAUAAAGAGAAAAAAAAGUAAUUUCUUUUCACAAGCAGUUUGUAUAUGUUAAUGGCCUUUCACGUUUUAAGUAUAAAUUACUUAAAUUGAGAAGUUUGGUUGACAUUCUUUUGUUUUAAUCAGUCAACAUAGGUCAUGUUCACUUUCCAUUUAUCUAAUAGUGUUACCAAUGUAAUGGGUACCCUACCAAAUAAAGCUUAUUUUUAAUCUAUUGAAA